AUGCUCUACGCAUGGCUUGCUGUUCCCCUGGUGGACAGUGUUCGUUCCUGUCCUUUGGCAUUCCACGGUAGAGAUGCCAAGAUUCCUCACACAUUGGUCUUGCAGCAGCUGCCUGAAGGUUUCAAGGAUGGUGACUCUUGUGAUGUUUUCUUCCAACAUGAACUGGCCCUCCAGUUGCUUCGAAUGAAAGCAGCAGAGGAGUGGUCCUUUCACACGGUGGAGUAUCGACAGAGUUCUUUGAAGAAUUUUUCAGUCCUUCGCACGUUGCAGCACUUGGGUGCUGUUGAGGUUCCUGAACAGGCUGCUGCAGCUUCGUCCAGCAGCGCGCAGCCUGCGAGCGAGGAUGUUGAUGCUGAGUUCUUUGAUUCGCCCUUUCUCAAGCUGUCAGCCAAGCUCCCCAGCGAACCGGUGUACCCUGUGGAUCCAAAGGCAAACAAGCGAGGAAGGGGAGAAAAAAAAGGUGUCGACCGGUCCGUGGAUUCCGACAUCGAGGCCGACUUGCUCUUCGGCGGGGAUGGAGACGACGACCCAAGUGAAGACAGUGAUUUCGACGACGGAGAUCCGGGAGAAUCGGGAGAACCGGGAGAACCUCCCGGGGCUGGGUCGUUGGAUGGGGCUGAUCAUGGCCCACAAGCACACAAGGCACACGAGCAAGCUACGGAUAAAGCUUUGUUGGCGAGCAUCCUCGGAUCCAG